AAGGUGAUUUUACGCCAGGAUGCAGACUCCCAACACGACGGGCGACUGCGUCGCCUGCACCACGCAUAUGCAUGGUGCCUACUCUGCAGAUCGGCUGCUGAGACACAGAGCCAUGAGCCACCCCAGACACAUGGGCAAGAUAAAAAAGCGGCUGGAGGACAUCAAGAACCAGUCCCUGAAGUCGACAAAAGCAGAUUUCAGCCACAACGAAAGCAUCAGAUUGGCCACGGACGCUUUCCUGGAUGGUGGGACAGACUCGUAUCUCCAGACUUUAAGCAAAGAGGGAGAGGUGGAUUUCCUCUCCUCAGUGGAAGCUCGGUACAUCAAGGAGAACGCCCGGGAGUCCUAUUACGCGCAGGAAUCCCCCACGGAUGGGGCAGCCGCGCAAAGGCAGAACGAUGGCGGCUCCCUGCCUUCAGGGACGUACUUCCCCACCAUUUCUGACAGCAGUGAGCCCGCUCUCCUGCACACAUGGAUUACAGCGGACAAGCCCUAUUUAAAGGAAAAGUCCACAGCCACCGUGUACUUCCAGACAGAGAAGAACAGCAACAUCAGAGACAUCAUACGCCGAUACAUCAACAAGACCACGCAGGUGCUGGCUAUCGUGAUGGAUGUAUUCACAGACACUGAGAUCCUUUGUGACCUUCUGGAGGCAGCCAACAAGCGCAUGGUAUUUGUCUACCUGCUGCUGGACCAUGGCAAUAUAAAUCUCUUCUCGGAGAUGUGUGACAAGCUGCAGAUUGCUGAGGAUCUCUUCAAGAAUAUCUCAGUCCGCAGUGUUACUGGAGAGGUAUACUGUGCCAAAUCAGGCAGGAAAUUUUCAGGACAAAUACAAGAAAAAUUUCUUAUCUCUGACUGGAGAUACGUUCUCUCUGGAUCCUACAGCUUCACAUGGUUAUGUGGCCAGGUUCACCGCAACCUCCUCUCCAAGUUCACUGGUCAAGUUGUGGAGCUGUUUGACGAGGAGUUCCGCCACCUCUAUGCACUGUCCAAGCCAGUGAGGGGACCGAAGUCUCCACCACGCACCAUGCCCUUCCUCUUCAGCCAGAGCUGGGCCCUGCCGCGCAGCCUGCCUGACAGCGACGAGGGAAGUGCUAACACUCUUUCAGACCCCUUGAGCAGCCUCUCAACUGGAAGCAACCAUCAGACCAAGCAAACCCCAAGAACUCUCAUAUUCAGCAGCAAUUUCACCCCCCCGUCACCUCGGCAUCGAGUUAAUUCCUUCCACAGCUUUGUUUCAUUCACACCCCCCCCAGCACAGCCCAUCCAGGCUAACUUCUACCAGCCGCACUACGUGGCCGACAGCCCCACAGCUCUUUAUAACAACAUGAACAUUUACCGACCUGUAAGAGUUAGACAAGAGGAACCAAACAGGACAGGCUUAAACUCACCCUGGAGAUGCCUCCAUAAAGGCAACCUGUUUGCAUAAUCGCCACCUUGUUUUGAGUUGCAAGUAAACCUAGUGAGGACCUGUUUAGCAAUCGCUUGUAC